UUGUGGUUAAAUCUCGUUUCCUCUACGUUCCUCUUUCUAUUAUUGGAUUAGUUGCAGUUGCAGGCCUGCAGUUCAGUUCAGUGACUUCAUUCUCUCUCUCUAACCCGCACUUCUGUUCUCUAGGUUGAAGUCAUUUGGCUGGAAAAGCAACAAAAAAGCCAAAACAUCUAGCGAUUUCUACGCAACAGAACUGGCUUCCAUGGCGUUGUCCACUUCUUCAAUCUUGUCUUCUCCGUCGCAACGUAGCUCUGUUUCUAGCUUCAACGUCGGUCCAUCUGUUUCCCACAUUUAUGGUAGUUAUUUCAUUGGGGCUCCUUUGCGAGGGUAUCAUCCAGAGAAGCGGAGGGCCAACAAGACCAAAUUGAAAAUAAGCGCUGCUGCUGUUGCAACAACUGCCACAGAGGAAAUCAAUGAGUAUUCACUUCCUACAUGGGCAGAAUUUGACCUAGGAACAGCUCCUGUCUUCUGGAAAACUACGAAUGGUCUUCCACCCUUGUCUGGAGAGAAACUAACACUCUUCUACAAUCCGGCAGCAAACAAAAUUAGUGAAAAUGAAGAGUUUGGUAUUGCAUUUAAUGGGGGGUUUAAUCAGCCCAUUAUGUGUGGUGGUGAGCCCAGGGUAAUGCUUAGGAAAAUUCGGGGAAAAGCUGAUCCACCAAUAUACACAAUCAGGAUAUUUGUUCCUAAGCAUGCUGUCAAUUUGAUCUUCUCAUUCACUAAUGGUGUUGAAUGGGAUGGUCCCUAUAGAUUACAAUUUCAAGUUCCUAAGCGAUGGCGAAACAAGCCAAUAGACUUCUUCAAUGAGGGUCUGGCAGAAGAAUUGAGCAAGGAAGGUGCCUGUGAAAGAGCAAUCUAUCCAGAUUCAAAUACUAUCAUUACUCGCUGCUCCAUGAUUGGUAAUUUGUCUGUUGAAGGGGGCGACCGCUGCAAUCUUGACCUUGUUCCAGGAUGCACCGAUCCAAGCUCAUCCUUAUUUAACCCACUUGCUAAUGUAGAUGAUGGAUCAUGUGAAAUAGAUCUUGACUCUGAUGAAUAGCAUAUUCAAUAGUGUACUUUCCACCCUUUUCAUGCAUACCAAAGAGAGAGAAAAAAAUGAUACAAUUAUAUGAUUAUAUCCAUGUACUGUAACAGGGUUUUACCUUGCAUUUCUAUGAUACAUGGUUAGAACUGAGAAGCAUAGGGCUCGUGCCUUGUGACAUUCCCUAGGAACAUGCUCAGGAGUCAUGAGUGAAGACUGCAGGCAUGAGGAGAUAAGUCUGAAAAUCACCAAGAAAUGUGAAUCCAAGGUAGUGUACGAAGCUAUAGGUCCAGCUGUCCAGGUACAUUCUUUUUAUCCAACUGGGUAUUUAACUGUAUAACUAAACCAUUAAAUGCCUCAGGUCCUAAAGCAGCUUAUUCUGUACUCGGUGCUUAAAAAGUACUGGUGAUUUGGUGAAAAAUGGAGGAAUCAGCUUUAUUUCACACUUUUA